AUGUCUUCCUCCUUCUCCACGCCGUUGUCUAUUUCCAAGCGUCCUCUGAAAAAAGAAGAGCCUAGAAACUGGGCGGAGCUUCCUUCGGAGUUGAUGUCAUCGGUCCUGCUCCGUCUAAGCGUGGCUGAGAUACUGGACAACGCUCAGAAAGUGUGCAGACCGUGGCGACAGGUCUGUAAUGACCCUUUCAUGUGGCGUAAAAUCGACAUGACAAACCAUGUAAAUCUCGACUUACCUACCAUUUGCAGUCGGCGUCACGCCGAUGAUCCCAGCCAGGGUGGUUUGGUCGAAAUCAACACUGGGACCUUCAUCACAGAUGUUCUCCUCCGCUACAUCACCGCCGAUAGGAACCUAAGAAACUAUGGAAAGCUCAUGUGCCGUCACGCCGUUGAUCGCAGCCAAGGUGGUUUGGUCGAAAUCUACACUGGGAAUUUCGUCGACGAUGAUCUCCUCGACUACAUCGCCUAUAGAUCAAGGAAUCUGAGAAUUCUUGGACUAGUAAUGACCUGUCAAAUGACAAGCACAGGAAUUGUGAACGCAGUGGCAAAACUUCCAUUGCUUGAAACCAUUGAGGUCUCAGCACGCUUAUGUUUAAAAUUGGAUUUGAAAGCUAUAGGCCACGCUUGCCCACAGCUAAAGACAUUGAAAAUAAACAACAGACGUUACGAGCCCGUUGGCGUGCGCGCUCUACGCCACCUCCAGAAUCUUAGUAAGAGAGUAAAUGAUUACCCAUUUCAGAUGACUUUUGUCGAUUCUGAUUGA